AUGUCGCAGAGAUCAACCUACAUGCGGGCAACCCCCUUCCUCCUCCCGCGUACCGCCGACCGUGGCCGCCUCAACGAAGGCAUCAUCGCCACCUGCGCGGCAAUCAUCCGCGCCCUCGAAGCCUCCGGUACCGUUCUCCCAAACAGGCAGUACCCCAUCUUUCCCGGCGAGCGCGAUAACGUCAAGCGCACUCUACGUGAAGCGAGAUUCUACCUCAUGGACCUCCUAACGUGGUGGAAUGCGGAGGAGUACCCGUUCUUCACCGAGAACGGCGCUGCCUCGGGGAGUGAGCUGACGGCGAGGGAUCAGGAGGACUAUUUUGAGACUUGGUAUGUGGGGUGUAGGACGGGCGACAUUCCGACGCAUUUGGAUCCCGAGUUUGUGUAG